AUGGCAAGGCACAAUCCUGCGUCCAUUAAACCUUUAGUUUCUAGUACUAGAAUUAUGUUCGGGCUCUUACCGGGACUUGGAGCCAUUAUUUUAUUACGUUUAGUGAUACAUUUAUAUCGUCCUGAUAUAGAAGAUGCAGAAAACAGAGUAAAGGAUUGCGAGCCGGAGGACUUGUAUGAGUGGUAUGACUUUAUCGUUAUUGGAGGUGGAUCAGCGGGUUCUGUUGUUGCAAGCCGUUUAUCAGAAAAUCCUGGAUGGAAUAUUCUUCUCUUGGAGGCGGGACCAGACGAAAAUGUAUUAUCAGAUGUACCGGUAAUGUUUCCUGCACUACAAACAUCGAAUGUGGAUUGGCAAUUCUUAACUGAACCUAGUGAUAAAUAUUGCUUAAGUAUGGAUAAUACAAUGUGCAAGUGGCCUCGAGGGAAGGUAUUGGGCGGCUCUAGCACACUAAAUGCUAUGCUUUAUAUAAGAGGAAAUAAACGAGAUUACGAUAAUUGGGCUGACAUGGGCAACGAAGGUUGGUCUUAUAAUGAUGUUUUGAAGUAUUUUCUUAAGGCAGAGGAUAUGAAAAUACCAGAGUACCAGAAUAGUCCUUAUCACUCAACUGGUGGUCCGAUAACAGUUGAAUACUUUCGUUACCAGCAACCAAUUACAAGUAAAAUUUUGGAAGCUGGUGUACAACUUGGCUACAACAUUUUAGAUGUAAAUGGCGAAACGCAAACUGGAUUUACUAGAUCUCAUGCUACUAUUCGUGAUGGUCUUCGUUGUAGUACAGCAAAAGGCUAUCUGAGACCGGCGAGUAAAAGACCCAAUCUUCAUGUGAGCAUGCAUUCAUUUGUAGAGAAAGUAUUAAUAGAUGAACUAAAAGUUGCAUAUGGUAUAAAGUUUACCAAACACAAAAAAUCGUAUGUUAUAAGGGCUAGUGGGGAAAUAAUUAUAUCAGCUGGGGCGAUACAAUCCCCACAAAUAUUGAUGUUAUCUGGGGUUGGUGACAGUGAACAGUUGGAGGAACUCGGUAUACAUCCAAUAAUAAAUUCGCCUGGUGUUGGCCAGAAUCUCCAGGAUCACGUCGCCAUGGGCGGUCAUUCAUUUUUAUUUGAUAAUCCCUAUACUAAUGGAACCGAUUAUUGCUUCAAUUUGAACACAGUAGUUUCAUUAGCAAGCCUCAUUGACUUCACCAUUAAUAAAAACGGACCAUUAUACAGCAUGAUGGAGGCGGAAGCUAUGGCAUUUGUAAACACAAAGUACCAGGAUCCAGCGGAAGACUAUCCGGAUAUACAGUUUUUCAUUGCUCCGACAGCAGACAAUAUGGAUGGUGGAUUGUUUGGGAAACGUGCUAAUGGAAUAUCGGAUGAAACUUAUGCUGAAUUGUAUGAGGACAUCCUUUACGACUCCUCAUUUUCUAUAGUUCCCUUGCUUUUAAGACCUAAGAGUCGCGGCUACAUAAAGUUAAGAGAUGCAAGCCCCUUUUCCGCUCCUCUGAUCUAUCCAAACUAUUUCACAGAGCCAGAGGAUGUCAAAAUAUUGACCGAAGGCGCUAGAAUAGCACUAAAGUUGGUUCAACAACCAGCGCUGCAAGAAUUAAAUGCAAGACCUAACCCGAAUCGUAACCCUGGAUGUGCGGAACAUCCAUUGAUGUCAGAUGAACAUUUGGAAUGUCAAGCACGCCACCAUACUUUAACAAUAUAUCAUCCAGUGGGUACCUGCGCUAUGGGUCCACGCGGAGACCCAAAUGCUGUGGUAGAUCCUAGACUAAGGGUGUACGGAGUAAGUAACUUAAGAGUGGUUGAUGGAAGUAUAAUGCCGAAAAUAGUAAGCGGAAAUACGAAUGCUCCAAUAAUCAUGAUAGCAGAAAAGGCAUCAGACAUGAUUAAAGACGAUUAUGAGCAAGUGAGAACUGAUUUAAGAGACAGUGAUACCAAAAAUAACCAACAAACAGGCAGUUUAAAUUCCGAAGAAGUAUAUUUACACAAUGAACAAAAUUCAAAUUACAGAAAGAUUGAAGAAUCGAAAACAUUGCCAAACUUAUUUUCAGAAAUAAGUCACCUUUUUCCACAUUUACCGAAAGAUAUUAACCUAAACUAUGGAAGAACAGGAAAUAUAUUAGAAAAACAUGACUCAAAUAAACACGGUGACAAAAACAAUAAGCUCUUUGUAAUUGAUGCAAAAAAUCGGGGCUCACCCACAACAGAGGAUGAUCUAAUUGCAAUAAAAACUGAUACUAAUGAGUAUAAUUCAGUUAAAUCGACCAACAAUCCAUAUCUUAUAGAAGAUACUGAUAAAUAUAUUCCCAAUUAUUUAAAUACUUUUUCAAAUCGUGGGAAGGAUCUUCUUAAUUCUCAGGCAGACUUUGACGCUAUGACACCUUACAAUAACUAUGAACGGACAUUCAAUCAUUACCCCGAACCAACUAACUAUAUAUUGCCUUAUUCCUUCGAUUUUACAAUACCAAAUAUCUUAUAUGAGCCGUAUCCAUACUACAAUUAUAAUCCAAAUAUUGCAUACGUGCCUCCGUUUAUUGAUCAAACACAACAAAUAUCUCCAAAAUUCUACAGUAAUAGCCGAAGAGAGCAAAAUAAAAAAUGUCGUCACUGGUUAUUCUAUAACGGGAAUAAAAUUGAAAUAGAUAUUUAAAAAUAGAAUGUAACAUUUAACCCUUUACAAUAAUCUAUUUAUUAUGAA